AUGGCGACAGACGGUGGCAACAUCGUCCCUGUCCUGGAUGUUAUGAAAGCUUCCAUUCGUCCAUAUAUCGUCAACUUCGUUCAUGCCAAUAUCUCCAGGAGCAGUCGCCAACCCUACGCAGUGAGCAAGCGUGCCGGUCAUCAGACCUUAGUCGAGGCCUGGCGUACUGGUCGUGCCAUCUCUCGUUUCCCUUAUGUCCCUGGUGGUGGUACUCACCGUUCAGGUCAGGGUGCUUUCGGUAACAUGUGUCGUGGUGGCCGAAUGUUCGCACUCACCAAGAUCUGGCGUCGCUGGCACCGCAAGAUCAACGUCAACCAGAAGCAUUACGUGGUGGCCUCUACCUUAGCCGCAUCUGCUAUUGGGAAACUAAUACACCAGCACCUAAUUUUUUGCGAGUAUAGUAAUGAUCUCUUUGUUAAUGCUGCUUUUGUUGAUAUGUAUACGAAAUGUGGUGAAGUUGAAAUUGCCCGUUUGGUGUUUGAUAGAAUGGAGGAUUCUGGCAACUGGAACUCUGAUGACUCUUAUCUCGUGAUCUCUGCGGUGACCAUGUUCACAGUUGGUCUUUACGAGUUUCAGAGUGGCCAUGGAGAUUUCCUUUCAUCAAUAUUUUGGUGUUCGUUUAUGCAGAUAAGUUCUCAGAAGAAGAAAACGGGUGUCAUCGCUCCAAAGCGUUUUGUCCAGAGAGUGAAGAAACAGAAUGAACUUUUCCGCAGCUACAUGCACCAGGAUGCCCAUGAAUUUUUGAACUUCUUGCUUAAUGAGCUUGUUGACAUACUGGAGAAAGAGUCCCAAGCUACAAAAAGUUCUUCUGAGACUUCAUCACCAUCAGAAAAGAUUGCAAAUGGGCCAAAGAAUGCUCAAGCCAAUGGUGCUCAAAAGGAGCCAUUGGUUACCUGGGUUCAUAAAAAUUUUCAGGGUAUUCUGACCAAUGAGACAAGGUGCUUAAGAUGUGAGACAGUCACAGCAAGGGAUGAAACAUUUUUAGACUUGAGCCUUGAUAUUGAACAGAACAGCUCAAUCACAAGCUGUCUCAAGAAUUUCAGUUCUACAGAAACGUUGAAUGCGGAAGAUAAGUUCUUCUGUGACAAGUGCUGCAGUUUGCAGGAAGCCCAGAAGAGGAUGAAGAUCAAAAAGCCACCUCACAUCCUGGUUAUCCAUCUGAAGCGCUUCAAGUACAUAGAGCAACUUGGACGGUACAAAAAGCUAUCUUACCGUGUUGUGUUCCCGUUGGAACUGAAGCUCAGCAACACGGUAGAAGAUGCAGACCUUGAGUAUUCUCUCUUUGCAGUGGUUGUCCAUGUUGGUAGUGGGCCCAACCAUGGACAUUAUGUUAGCCUUGUGAAGAGUCACAACCACUGGUUGUUUUUUGAUGAUGAGAAUGUGGAGAUGAUAGAUGAAUCUGCUGUACAGACAUUCUUUGGGUCUGCACAGGAAUACUCUAGCAACACAGACCAUGGAUACAUCCUGUUCUAUGAGAGCCUUGCUAACAAUAAUAGCAAGAGUUGAAGGGACUUCAAAUUUAUGGUGAGAUUUUUUUCAGUUAAGGAGAUGGGUAUUUGCUUCUUUUAUUAGCUCCUUUUCUUGUUACAUCUGUUCCUUUUUACUCUUUUUCAUAUUUAACUUGUGGGAGAGCUCUCGAAUAUCAUUGAGAUGAGAUAUGAUAUAUUGAAGUGAUUGCUGUGUACAGUGGAUGGUGGAAGCUCACUGUCCUUUGGUGUGUUCAUCAAUAAGACAAAAGGAAUGUAAAUGGUGAUGAGAGUUUCAGAGACACUUGUAUUUUUUCACUGUCGAGAAUAUUUGAUUUAUAGUAGAAAUGCAAUACAAUUGCUCCCAA